GUUUAUUUAAUGGCUAUUGUGUGUCAAAUUAUCGUGUUCAUAUGAUCGACAGCUAAAUAAUACUUUAAUUACGUCAGCAAACGUUUUCGGGAGAUAAACAAAAUUUUGUGAUUUAAAAUUCAGAUAAUUAUUCAAAUAUUUAUUUGUUAGAAAAAUGAAGUGGUUUCCUGGAAGCAUUAACGAUGCUGUCGCGACUUCUAAGUCCAAAAACGCAAUCUUUGUAGUUUUUAUUGCUGGUGAGGAUGAUGCAUCAAAGGAAACGUCACAGGUGAUCGAUACACCAGAAGUGUCAUCAUCCUUGGAGAAAGAUGAAUUUGUUGCAAUAAAACUCGAAUCUGGCAGCGAGUCUUACAAAUUUUUUGCUCAAAUUUAUCAAUUGGUACCAGUACCAUCAUUGUUUUUUAUUGGCGACAAUGGCAAGCCACUGGAGAUAGUCGCAGGAACUGUCACUCCCACGAGUUUAAAGGAAAAGAUAGACUCAGUUUUGACAAAAGCUGGAAAAAGAGACGCGUCAAAUAAUUUUAUUAAGAUGGAACAAUCCAAUGCUGAGGCUACUGUUUCAAAUACUCCCCAGACUUCUACGAGUAAUAACAAUGUUCCUGAAAGUACUACAGUGUCAUCGGGUGCUAAUGCUAAUGCUAAUGCUAAUGUAGAUAGUUCAAUAUCCGCUGAAGAAAAAAUAGAACGGGCUAAAAAAUUAAUCGAACUACAAAAAAAACAGCGAUUGGAACAAGAACGAGAAAAAGAAAGAUUGAGAGAAAUGGAGCGACGAGAGAUGGGUAAAAAUGUCCAAAGCGCCAAGCGCAAGCAACAGGAUUUAGAGUUGAAAUUAGCGCAUGAAGAACGAAUGAAGGAAAAAGCUGCUGAAUUGGAGGCUAGGGAGAGAAUCAGGGCUCAAAUUGCUCAGGAUAAAAUUGAGCGAAAACAACGCGAGCAAGCUUUGCUGCAACAAAAUAACACAGAGGAGCGUCCAGCUUUGCCACCACCAUCAAGGGCGUUCCUUGCUGACGGAACAGCUCGCAUACAGUUCAGAUUACCUUCUGGAAACCCACACACUGGUUCAUUCCAAUCGACGAGUACACUCAGAGAAUUAAGAGCUUAUGUUGUUAAUAAUAUCGAGCUACCAUUCCAGCAAUUUUCAAUGUCCACGUCGUUCCCCAGGAAGGAUUUAAGUCAGGAAGAUGAUGAUAAGACACUUGUAGAGCUUGAACUUGUUCCUACUGCUGUUGUGCUUAUUUUACCGGUUAAAAAUUCAAAACCAUCAGCGAUAAUUCCAUCAGACGGCACAAAUUUCAUCUCAAGAUUUAUGUGGGCGCUAUUCGCACCUCUGGUUACUGUCUUUAAUUACAUAACAGGGUAUUUUUCGGGUAACAGAGGUCCCAAUGACCGCACUAGCGAUUCCAGAGGUUCCACUGGAGAGUCACGAACCGGUGGAGUCUACUCUUCUGGUUCGCGCCCUAAUGUUAGUCAACCUGGUUCGAUUAGGAGGACGCUCGGUGGGUCAAGCACUACUGUAAGAGCAAGAGGUAACGUUCAUCGAUUACACUCCGGGGAUGAUGAUGACGAUGAAAACAACACGUGGAACGGAAACUCAACCCAGCAGAUGUGAAAUUAACAUUUUAAAUUCAAUAAUUAAUUUAUCAAGUCAAAAAAAAAACCAACAGGUCUACCAAAAUAUUUUUACUUGAUAAUUUUGUUAAUUACUCUAGUAAUUUAUGAUAAUAUAUAAAUUUAAUUAUAAAUUUGUGAGUAAAAAAUUGAAAGUGUUAGAUUUUUUAAAAGAUUAAUUUAAUGGUAGCGUAUUACUUGAUAAAUAUUUGAGUAAAAAUAUUUUAAGUAGGCUUGUAUAUAAUUGCGAUUAAUUGGAAUUGGACCAAAUAAGGUUUUAAAAAAAUAACUAAAAUUAAAAAAACAAUAAGAAUUAUUUUUUGUUAAAUUAAUUGCAUUAAAUUGAGGCUAUCCGCACUGUAGAAAGAUUAAAUAAAAUAUUUAAUCAUUUAAAUAAA